GAGCCGUCUCAGCAGCUCUGAUUUGCUUGCGAUACGCGUCUGCUCUCGCUUACCCUGCCGGUCCAGAGCAUCGCACUUGAAACUAACCUUCAAGCGGAACACAGGCACUGCCUACGCCUUUGUCGGUGUGACCCGGUAAGCUACUAUGAUGAGCCAUCGCGAGACCAUCUAUGGCGUCGAGCAGUAUCGCUCACCAGACGUUUCGGAUAGUAUGCUCGCGCACGGGUUUCAGACGGAGCGGCUGCGGUCCUUGAAAGCAGUUUCGCCAUUACAGCACGCGCAAGGGCGCACAACUGCUCACGGGCAUUCGCCGCCUCAGCCGGCACCGCAUCAUCACGGUCACGAUUUGCGAAGCAGUCCACAGUAUCUCGUGCACGUGCUGAUCGAGCGACCGGAAAUGUACGAUGGGAUGCGCCAGGACCAGCGGCCCUCGGCUUCGCAGCUGUCCAGCGCGGCAGCAAUGGCGCGACAGCAUCAGACUACUGCGCGCGAGUUCCUAAUGGAAAGCGUACCUGCGGAUGGCGACGAUGCUAUGUCCAUCGACGCUGAGCCCUUUGAGCAUCACGGAGCCCCAUUCGAAACGGUCCCUACAAUCUCCACGAGUAACUACCUGAGUUCAUUGUCCAUGCAAGACGCGCAUCAAUGUGAUCCGCACGACAAUCUGCAUGAAGCAGCACUCCCUCACUAUGGCUUGCGACCCCUGCCGAACCGAAUUUCCAUGUCGCACCAUGCGUCAGUUUCAUCGCACGGCAUGCCAGAAAGCCGGCCGCAACUCCGACAGAGCCUAUCGGAUUCCGAUCACGCUUAUAUACAGCAUGAUCAGCAAGGUCAUCCGUAUUUUCCGGGGGCAAUGACAGCAGCAGGCAAAUUUGCGAGCGAAUGGUACAUGCCAAUGCCAUCGUCUUCCAGUGGUACGCAAGGUCAAACGACUCCCUUGCCGUCUGCGACGUAUAGCUCGAUGUCGAUCCGGGACGAAGAUGAUAGCAUGAGUAGCGCUCCUCAAUCGACGGACUACUUGCUACAUGGUCAAGCUUUGCAUAGAUUGCAGCCUACAGCUAGCUUCGAUGUCAGUGGCAGCGCAGAGCGCUAUAGCGGCAAUGGACCGCUCGCCCAUGAUUCUUCUGCUCUUCGCAGCGGUGCUGUUCUGCACAGCCCUACCCAUCUGCGCGAGGCCGACAAGUCACCUCAAGCGAGCUGGCCCUGCAGUCCGGCAACCACCUCGCCCGUGACGGAGCAAUUCCCACACGGCGGCCUUUCGUCUAACGGACACCUGUCCGGGGAUGACUGUGUAUCGCGCGCAUAUCUCCGCAAUGGACAGUUGGACCAUUCGGUCAGUCUCCCGCAUUCCUGGAGCGAUCAAAUGUGGCCCAGACAAGCAGCAGGAGCUUCGACUCAUGGCGCAGCCGAGUCCGUCUACCAUCCUCACCACUCAGUACGCAGCCUUAGCGCUGUCACACCGGAUCGCCAACGAUACCCGGAUCUGUGGGUUGGCUCGCCAGCGCCAGAGACUUUGAGCAACCUGCCACCCGCGAAGAGCACGCGGCGAUCUCGUCGCUUGGCUGCCGAUAGCUCACUCACGUUUACCAUGUCAAAUCCUUCGCGCGCUUCAUCUGGACACGCCACGCCGCUGUCUAGCUCUAGUCGCAUGCGCGGCUUGCACACUGAUGAAGAUGCCUCGGAAGCAGGCAGUGUCGCAGCCUCUGUAUUCUCGUUUGGUGGCAUCUCUGGCAUGACAGCUUCGACUGCUGCUACGUCUGCCAUGGCACCGCUCACGCGGCAGCCUCGCCGAACUUUCCCCGCACACAUUAGGUUCGAUGAUGUGAUGCACAACCUUUACCGAUGCUUUCCAGUAUCGUCAUAUUUGCCCGAAAACGAUCCUCGUCGGCGCAGGCUGGACGCAUCGCAUCGCAUCGUCUUGCCGCCAGCGCCGCCGGAUGCGCAGCUCAAUACGCCCACGCACGGUGAUCUGGACCUGUACUCGCCGCGCUAUACCAAAAGCUCAGGCUCUGACAAGGUUGGCCUGUGCCCGAUCUGUUGCGAGCCCGAAGAACGAGGUGGCGAAGGGGAACUGAAGUGGCUGCGCACGAAGCAGUCCGCUUUCCUCUAUCACAUGACGUUCUAUCACGGCAUAUCGAACGCAAACGGAGCGCCUUUCUCACCGCCGGUACAGAUCCGCGUCGUACCUCGUCACACGAGUGCGCUCAAUGAGCGGUCAACGAUGAAAGAGGGCCUCUGUCAUGAGUGCAAUCAGUGGGUAGCCGUACAAGGUAUCAAAGACGGCGACGCCAAAGUCGCAGAGCUCUGGUGGUGGCGGCAUGCAAAGCAAUGUCAUCACACACGCGUGGAUGGCGAAGGCGAUGACUACCUGCAAGAUGCGCUCUUUGACCUGCUGUCUGCGCCCUCCGGCAAUCGUGAGGGCCGACAGACAUCGCCGGCUUCGAGCUCGCGGGCACCUUCAGCCAGUAGAGCCAGUCGCUCGCGACAUGGGCAAGGUCAGGAGUCAACGCGCAGCUCACGCAGUCUCAGGUCGACUAGUCGGCUACCUCAGUCCCCGGAGGAGUUUUGAAUGCGCGUGGCCGUCAGACGUGUAAGGGGACUGCUGAAAAACGGUACGGGAGACUGGUAGCUCUCUGUAACGAAAGGUUUACAACAUUUGUGUAACGCUGUCACGAUGCAAUGAUGUAAGUACGUGUCUAGUCUAGCGCCGCGCCUCCAUAGUGCUUUGAUGCCGCCGACUCGCCCUGCUUGGGAGGAUUAUCUUGAUCUGCGCCGCCGACUUCUGCCUCUGAACGCGCGACCGGUCUACCUGUGACCUUGACGGCACGCACGGGCGGCUGAUUCAUCUUUUGAAGUCUCUGUCCUCUCUUGACCUCCUUCUGCCAGGCAUCGGAUGAUGUUGCUGCACCGCCCACUGCAGGCUUGCGCAUAGCCCACUGUAUUGCAUGCUCACUCGUCUCGUGCCCACGCUUGCGUAUCGCUGCUUCCUG